AUGGUGCGGUGGAGGUAUUGCAUUGUGCUGGCAAUGCUGCUGCUUCUGCCGGCGAAAACCGGCUCCAAAUUAGAGGACGAUGAAGAGGAGGAUAAUAGAUACAACCUUCAACUUUCAAGUAGAAGGGGAGAAGAAGGCGAAGAGGACGAUGAUGAGGACGAAGAAGAAGAAGAAGACGAGACUUCAGCGCAAGCAGACAAAGGAGAGAGAGUGACAGUGGUUCGGCGACCGCCGCCUAUCGUGCCCACCCCCAAAUCAAUGACCGUUACCAGGACGAUAAAAAAACGGCCCCUUGAAUGCUAUGUGUGCGCUUAUAAGGCCGAAACGCCGUUAAGAGCGUGCUUGGAUCCUACCAAAUACAGGACACUGGCUCAGCGGCCAGUUGCAAUGAGUAUUAAAAGGCGUCCGAACGUCCCUAUCGAACGAGAACAAAGAGUUCACACGAUAACGUGCCACAGUUCGGAGGACAAAUGUUUCACGUCGGUGAUAUCCAAGGGAAGCUCCUAUGAGGCGGUGGUCAGAGGGUGUCGCUCCGGCUGUGUUGGAUCACCGGAGACCACGUGUUGUGAGUUGAACCGCUGCAAUAACCAAGCAUUCGCCAUGCCGGUGAUCGCGCCCCGCUCGCUCACCUCCAACAACAAGUCUACAAAGUCGAUACCACCCACAAUACUGUUCUUCGUGACCGUCCUCCUGGUACUGCAGACCGUGGUCAAAGUGGCCUUCGUGUAG